GAGCAAUCAAAGCUCAAAAUCAUUGUCUUCUCCAUAAUUAUAUUUGUCUCUUAUGCAAGUACAACUAAACAAUUUCCUACUCUUCAAGAACAAGGCUUUUCAUCCCCUCAAUAUUGAUUUCUUUUUCUUUUUUCACUGCUCACACAAAAAUGCCUUGUUCAUUACACAUCAUCACUCUUCUUCUACUUACACUUUUCUCCUCUACAACUACCACCACCACCACCGCCGACGUCUUCCAUCGGCACCGGCGGAUCCUCCAUCAACCCUUUUUUCCAGUCGUUGAUUCUCUCCCACCAAUUUCACUUCCUUCCAUAACUCAGCCACCCCUAUCUUCUCCUCAACCUCAGCCCAAAUUACCAUUGUCUUCCCUUUCACCGCCGAACAUCCCCUUAACUCAAAACCCAUUUUUCCCACUUUUUCCCUCACCACCACCACCCCCUCCUCCACCUUCUGAUACUUUUGCAACCUUUCCGGCCAACAUCUCUUCCCUCAUUCUCCCACAAUCUUCCUCUCAUCCUUCCACCAAACCCAUCUCCGGCAAACUCAUAGCUAUCAUUAUCUUAGUUUCUGUUCUCUCUGCAGCUUUUCUCACUUCUCUAAUCGCCUUUUUCCUUCAUUACCAUCGCCAAGGAAAACUUGAAGAGAAAAGAUACUAUCAACGAACAGAUAGUCUACGACUUGUCCCACCUAAUGCCACUCCCUCAGACGGUGGUGUUGUCAAGAAACAUCUUCAUCCUUCACCUCCUUCGCCGCCGCCGGCGAUGGAGGUGCCGCGUCACACUCCCACUUCCACUAGCUCGGAAUUCCUUUACCUCGGAACACUAGUGAGCUCAAGAGAAGUUGAAUCACCGGAGCUCCGACCUACUGAUGGCGUUGCAAUAAACUACCAAAGACUUGAAUCACCGGAGCUCCGACCAACUGACGACUUUGCAAUAAACUACCAAAGACUUGGAUCACCGGAGCUCCUGCCACUCCCCCCGUUGCCACGUCAGCAUUACCGGCAGACCCGCAAGAAUGGCGCUACUGAAGUGGGGUACACCGUUGAAGAUGAUGAGAAUGAAGAAGAGUUUUUCUCUCCUAGAGGGUCUUCAGGGGAUAAAGGUAGUCCGAGUCACACAGUAUCAAGUUCCCAUGCAGCACCCUAUGAAGUUCCAUUACAAACCCAGAAUAGAUUUCGUUACUCAAAUUCGAAUUCUCCUUCUGAAUCUUCGUUGCUGAAUAGUCCUUCACUAGAGUUCAACUUAAGCCCAAGAAGCUUAACUUCCAAAUCCCCUGAUUCGCUGGUGAAUUUUCUGGCCCCGCCGCGGUUUAUUCCUGCCAAGACGUUUAGGGGAUUUUCAUCACCUCCGUUAUCUUCGGGUGAUACCCACAAUUCCCCUUCAAUAGUUUCAGAUUCAUCAGCACGGAUUUCUGAGUCUUCGAUGAGGAAUCUGGGUGGUUUUGGGAGCUAUGUGUCAAUGAAAGUGCCACCACCACCGCCUCCGGCCCCACCACCGAGGUUUUGGGAAGCUCCUCAAGUCCCAAAAUCUGUGGAGGUUGAAAAUGGUGGACCACCGGUGCUGGUGUCACCAUCUAUGCCUGUUUUAGGUCAUCAUGUUAAUGGCAUUACUAAAAGCUCAGAGGCUGUGGAGAAGAGGAAUGAUGAGAAUAUAAAGCCAAAGCUGAAACCUUUGCAUUGGGAUAAAGUUAGAGCUACCUCAGAUAGAGCAAUGGUUUGGGAUCAAUUGAAAUCUAGCUCUUUUCAGUUGAAUGAGGAAAUGAUAGAGACUUUAUUCACUGUGAAUUGUUCAAAUUUGAACUCAAAAGAUGGGAUUACACGGUUGGUACAGCCAGUGUCGAAUCAGGAAAACCGGGUGCUUGAUCCGAAGAAGUCUCAAAAUAUUGCAAUUUUGUUGAGGGCACUUAAUGUCACUAAUGAAGAAGUUUGUGAAGCACUUUUAGAGGGGAAUGCUGAUACUCUGGGAAGUGAGUUACUUGAGAGUUUAUUGAAGAUGGCUCCCUCUAAAGAAGAAGAGCUGAAGCUGAAAGAGUUUAAAGAUGAAUCACCAUUCAAGUUAGGCCCAGCUGAAAAGUUUCUCAAGGCAGUGCUUUAUAUCCCUUUUGCAUUUAAUAGGGUGGAGGCAAUGCUAUAUAUUGCAAACUUUGAUUCAGAGAUUGAAUAUCUUAAGAGGUCAUUUGAGACACUAGAGACUGCUUGUGAAGAAAUAAGGAAUAGUAAGAUGUUUCUAAAGCUACUAGAGGCUGUACUCAAAACUGGGAACCGCAUGAAUGUUGGAACCAACAGAGGAGAUGCCCGUGCAUUCAAGCUCGACACACUUCUUAAGCUUGUAGAUAUUAAAGGUGCUGAUGGGAAGACCACACUACUGCAUUUCGUUGUUCAGGAAAUCAUCAGAGCAGAAGGAUCUCGUCUUUCUGGUGCUGAUGAUCAGAAUCCAAUUGUAGAAAAGACUCUACAGGAUGAGGUUGAAUUCAGAAAGAUUGGCCUUCAAGUUGUUUCUCGGCUAAGCGGUGAGCUUACAAAUGUGAAGAAAGCUGCUUCCAUGGACUCUGAUAUUGUUAGCAAUGAAGUUGCAAAACUAGCUGCAGGAAUUGCUAAGAUCACUAUUGUUCUUAAGCUGAAUGAAGAGUUGGCGCCAAGUGAGAGUACCAGAAAAUUUUCUGAGUCAAUGAAUGGAUUCCUGAAGAUGGCAGAGCAAGAAAUUAUCAACAUCCAAGCACAAGAGGGUGUUUCCCUCUCAAUGGUGAAGGAGGUGACAGAAUAUUUUCAUGGUGACUCGGCCAAAGAAGAAGCUCGGCCACUUAGGAUAUUCAUGGUUGUAAGGGACUUCCUCUCUAUCCUUGAUAAGGUGUGCAAAGAUGUUGGGAGAAUGACUGACCGAACCAUAAUCAGCUCAGGUGGACAAUUUCCACUGACUGUCAAUGCAGGGCUUCCCCAAGUCUUUCCUGGAUACAACGUAAGGCAACAAGAUAGCUCCUCUGAGGAUGAAACAACCCCAUCUGCGUCCUAACAUAUUGUCAUCAGAUGACUUCCUUCGUCAUAAGAGGCUGGUUUAUUUCCACUGUAUAGUUUGUUGGAGCCUAUGGAUUGGCUUUUUGAUGUCCCAAGUGUAGUGGAUGUUGGUCUUGCUAUUCUCAUCUAUAUGUAUACCUUUUCUGUA